UAACAUGCCUCAGAUAUCCGUUUUUCGGCGUCGUAUAAACUUUUCUUGUAAUGUCCACGUUCUAUAGGGUGGCCCCGUGAGAACUCAAACAACGAUAUAGCUCGCUCAGCUGACCAGCCCAUUCGAUCGAUGAGAUAUCGGCAUAUCAAAUAGCCAGUGCGAUUCAGACCGUGCGUGCAAUGCACACCAAUCAAUUUCUCGCCGUUACUAGUGUCGCUGAUGUACUCGUCAACGACGUUUAAAAAUUUCUUGACGAUAUCUUCACGGUUACUAACUUCGUGUCCCGGGCAGUUCAUUUUUCUAGAAAUUGGAAAGAAAUGUCGAUUACUCACUCAUAUAGCAGCAGUACAACUUAUAUAA